AUCCUUGCGCGCGCACGCUCGAUAUCCCGGCGAGAUCCGCGAGUGUCAAACGGAAGAAGAAGCAGCUCGACGCCGUUCAGCCGGUUGCACGGUCGAUCGAUAGUCUAAUAGGAAAUUCCCUUGACACCGGUAUUUGCGAUAGGCCAUGACAUGCGGAAGUCCCACGCGGCAGGAGUGAUGAUUUACGACUGAAGGCUAGGAAUCACGGAUAGAGAGACUGUCUGGUUGCAAUUUGAUACAGUCUAUGCGAUACUAAAUUAAUUGCCAAGAUGAGAAGUUGGAGAGAUGCUACGCAUUACGACGCUUUGGAACGUCCGCUCUCCAAGUUUGCGGAUAAGAGACUGUAGUGGAGAAAUCAGGUCGAUCUCUUCGCGUAAUGCGACGUAUUUCCAAGUGAAAAUCACUUUGCAAAAUGCCACAAGGUGCUUUCUUGGACACGUCCCUGCCAGUAUAUCUCGUGAUUCUUUUAGAAAGGAUGCGAUCAGCGAACGGAUUAAGCGUUUCAUAAUAAAUGUUCAGAAGCCGUGGAAGUCGAAUCACACAUGUUUGUUAACUAUUCAGUGGCCAACAAUCAAUGCUCAUCUAUUAAUCGCAAGCAAUCAAGAUUCAAAGUUAUCAAGAUUUGAAUAUACUUCAACACAUAUGUAUAACAAUGGAUGUUAGCAAACUUCUAAAUUUGUAAAUCAAAUGUGUGUUGACCGGGAAGCUUUUCGUACUUAUACGAUUUGCAUUGCAAACAGUUAAAGUUGUUGAGAGCAGAAUGUGUAGAUCUUAUUACCUUACACACUCAUACAUGUAAGUAUUGCAAAAGCAAUCUCUUAUUUUUUCUUACACACUUGGUCGUUUUUAAAAUUGCAACACGCCAUUUACUAGUAUACGUUUUUUUCAAUAUAUUAGAAUAAAACCACGUAAUAAAUUUUGGUCUCUUAAUGCGCCUAAUAAAGUAUAAUUGAUAUAAGAAUAGAUCGGUAUGUCGUACAGAAUAAAUACGAAUUUAUCGCGCAAUGUGAUAUUAUAAAUGACAUAAUAAAAGAUGCCAGAAAACCGGAAAAGAUU